GCUCCGAGCAUUUUAGCGCAGUGAACGGCGACUUAAUUGCAUUUAUACCGAGUGCAGUGCAAAGAAAGUGCGCGUAUAUAAUAUUAAUUUAAGGAGCUGCUUAUCAAUUACAUCCAUGCACACGACUAUCAGACAUAUGAGCACACAUACAAGUUAAGGGCCUACCACACUGAAUCGGACGCAAAACGUUAAAUUUAGCCAAAAAUGUCAUCGCUGGAGCCACCGAAGCGACCCACAUUGCAUUUAGCUGCGGACGUUGCUGGAACUGGAACUGGGUCGGGAACUGGAGCUGGAGCUGGAGCUGAGAUCAUGUCGCCAGCUACGACUCCUUCGGCGGGCUUCCUGCCGGAUAUGCCGCAAUGGAAGAAGGACUUGAUACAGCGCCGCAAAACGAAUGUGGCUCGAACCAAUGCCGCCGCCAGCUCACCCACCUCAGCGGUGCCAACAGCUGAUGGCAGUUGUGCGGCUUUCACUGAACCCGCAGAUUCAGGUGCAACUGACGGCAGCCCAGCCGCAGCCUCAGCCACAACACCAACGACAACAACAACAACAACAACAAUAACUAGUCAACAGCAGCAGCAGCAGCAUGUGAAACGAAAUGUAAGCCAAACAUACCAGCAAGCAGCAGCAUUUAAGACUUCACCAACAACAGAGGAAAAGUCUGAGAAAUGUUUUAUUGGAAGUGGAGGUCAUCAGACGCUUCCAGCAGAAACAGCAGCUACAGCAGCAACAGCCCAAAGUACACAAGGCAAAGACUUAGCCACGGCCUUUUCAGCCGAAACGGCAGCAUCAACAGCAGCAGCAGCACCACCAAUACCAAAGCAGCGAUCAAGUUUAUUCAACACAAGAAGUCAAUCAACUGGCAAGGAGCAAGAAGAGAUUCUAAAUUUGGAUGCCAGAGAGCGCGAAAGAGAGCGCGAGCGAGCGUGCGGAGAGCGUGACGUUGAGGUGAAUAGCGCUGCCGUUGGCAUGGCAUAUGCGAGCGGGCGCUCUGGUGAAGUUGAAACUGGCACAGCGACAACUGGAGCAUUAACAGCAAAAGGCAGCAACAAUAACGGCAGCGGUGGCAGCGGCGGCGGCAGCGGCAGCGCAAAUGUGAAACAAACGACAGCAACAACGGCAACUUCGUCGUCGUCAGCAAAUCAGUUGCAAACGAAAUGCAAACCAGGCCAGAGCGUUGCUGAAGCAGCGCUACAUAAUUUUAGCAACACUACGCCAAUUAUAAUUGAUAAAAAUUGUAAAACGAAAAUAUCCGAUAAAUUGCAGAGCAACAAGUUCAUUAAAAAUCAACAGCAGCAACAGCAACAACAACAGCAACAGCAAUACCAGCAAUUGGAACGCCAAACGGCCGCGUCGCCCACAAAAGUAGCGGUAAAAACGACAAUGGUCGCCAUGCAAGAAAUGAAAAAGACAACCACACAAAAUGGCCAACAGCGUCAUCAUCAUCAUCAUCAUCAACAUCAUCAUCAUCAUCACCAUCAGCAGCAGCAACAACAGCUGCAUUUAAAGAGCGCCGACGCCGACCUGGACGUCGGCGUUAGUGCGCUGCCAACGCUCUUGGAUACCGUCGAUCAAACUGAGGAGUUCAGCUAUGGCCCCGGCAUUGUGUCCAAGCUGCGCUGCCGCUAUCUAAAUCUAGCCCUGCGCUGCGAGUCACGCCAACAGAGCCAAAAGCAGCGACUGCAGCGCUCCACCAGCCUCAAUACGCUGCUCGAUCGCAACGACGACGACGCCGAGGAUGAUCAGCAUCAUCAUCAUCAUGUGCAGCAACAGCAUGUAAACAGCGACGCAGGCGCAGUCAAUGCUGCAGUCAAUGUGAAUGUAACGCGCAGCGCUGCAGCGCCCCCCAUACUAAGCGCCAAGCCAGCGAGCAGCAGCGGUUACAUUAAAAGCGUGAAUGUCUUGCAUCAACAGCAGCAGCUACGCCAACAGCAACACCAGCAGCAACAGCAGCAGCAGCGGGCGACGCAGGAGCAACAGUCAGUGCAGUCGCCGACGGCGACGUCGCCGGUUAACGGUAAUGGGCUGCGUUCGCGUCACUUUAAGCGCGGCAACGAAGUAAUGAAACGCGCUCGCUCUGUCGAAGCGCUGCUCUGCGAGAAGUCGCCUUGGAAUACGCAGCGCGCCAGUUAUCAGGCAUCGGCUGUGGUUAACAGCAGCGCUAUGUCGGCUGCUAUCACUGGAUCAGGCGGCGCUGCAGCUGGCAUUGGAGUUGGAGCUACCAUCACUGCCCCCGGCACGCCCACCUGCGUCAGCAUCGAGGAUAAGAUUCACAAUGCACGCGAGCGACUGCACAGCGGCACCGACGCCACGCCGCCUAAGCGUCUGACCUCCAUCAUCGAUGACACGGAACGUCCGCCUCCGGACCUCGUCAAGCAGACCCUCAAGAUGUUCGAGGCGAGCGCCAACCGACGACCUCGCGCCACCCAGCGCAGCAACGGCGUCGGCGGCGUUGCCAGCAAAGUGGCCAACUACAAGUCGAUCAUCAAGGAGCAGAAGCCACCAAGCAACAGCACCCUCGGCGGCAUCAAGCGGGAUGGCGUCGCCACCGCGAGCGCAACACCGUCGACUGGAGCUGGUUUCGCUGCGUCGACGCCCAAGCAGCGCGUCGCCAGUGCCGUCGUUCCAGACAUCAUACCCAGGCAGCUGGAAACCUACGAUUCGCCUGUGACGAACAUAAGCAAAAUGCUGGAACGCAUACACUUGGAAAGCUCAUCAGCGACGACGGCGGCGUCGGCGGGAACGGCAGCGCAGCCAGAGUCCGGCGUUGGGGUGGUUGCGGGCGGCAGCAAUCAGCGCUUAGUCAGCGAUCAGCAGCGCACGCAGGCGGCAACUGACGAGCCCGACGACGAUGACGACGACGGCGGCAGCAAAGACGAAGCGAACGACGAGGGCAACGAAAAUGACGUCGACAACGGCAACGGGGACGGCGACGUAGCAGCAACAGCUGAGGCUGAAAUUGACGGCGACGAUGUUUGCAAUGGCGAUAAGUUAACAGCAGCGGCGUCGACGGCAGCGCAGCAGCUGGAUGAAGCAGGAGGCGUUGGCGUUGGCGGCAGCGCCCAGCGUUCAUUUGCUGUCGCCUUGCAAGAGAACGCACACGCUUCCAGCACGAGUUCCAGUAGUCGAAAGCUUCCGCAACGUAGAAGCGAUAACAGUGAAUCCACAACAGCUGCAGCGGCAGCAGCAGCAACAGCAACAACAACAACAACAACGAAGCAAAUUGGUGUCAUCAGGCCGCUGCUGAAUAAUUCGAGCACCAGUUCCGGAUGCGGUACGCCGCUGACCAGUCGCGAGAUUGAGAAGAAUCGCAUUAAUGAGAUGAAAAAGUCAACAGCAUUGGCUGCAGAUGCAGCUGCCGCCGCCGCCGCAGCAGCAGCAGCAACUAGUCUGGAUACCGUGAUAAAUACAAACACCAAGGAUGGCUGCGAAACGGACGCAGCGAGCAGCGGCAUUUCGCCCAUUUGGCCGUUGCGCAAGCGCCGUCAGCCGACAGGUGGCGCCAAUGGAAGCAGCGGCGUAGGCAGCAGCUCCCAUGCGGACAACAACACCUCCAUGGUGUUUAACUUUUCGAAAAGCACCAAGGAGGUGCCAGAUUAUAUUGAAAGCGAUGUUGUGAUCUACAGACGUAAACGGGAAUUGCCAAAGCCAAAUGAACCGGGCUUCGUGUUAUUGGGCGACCUUUCGGUGGAGACAUCGACAGACACGGACUACGAUGAUUACUCCAUGUGCCCGCCGUCGCCCUGCGAUGUGGAGUUCGAGAAUGCGAAUAUUGUGAUCGACGGCAAGUCCAGCAUACGACAGAAACCCAAAGAUUCAUCGUUCCGCGUACAAUUUAACGAUACGUUAACUUCAACGUUUGAAUAUCCCUCCGAGGCAUCACAAACCGUUGACGAUCAGCCGUAUGCCGAUCCCUACGGUAAUGUGACCAAGCAUCAUCAGCUGUUCUAUGAGGAGCAUCUACGCAUGCAGCAUCAGCAGCAACAGCAGCAGCAGCAACAACAGCAGCAACAGCAUCACCAUGUAACAGUUGAUGAGAUAAUAGAGCUUCCGACAGCAUCAACAACAUCCUCGACGUCGCAUAAAACGUCGGCGACCAGCGCAAUGCUGGGGAAUUUACCAUUAGAUUACCCAAGUUUAGGGAGGGGUAUUAUCUUGCAACAGUCUCAACCACAGCCAAUGGACGCUCAGCAGCAGCAGCAGCAGCAACAACAACAACAUCAGCAAGAACAGCAGCAGCAGCAACCACAGCUACAACGUCGUAGGCCUUCGGUUCUAUUAAAGCCGCAGUAUGCGUGCUUUCUGCAAAAUGAAGCAGUGACACCUGUAACACAUCUGGCUAAGCGCAAAGCUGCCUCAUUCUCGCAUGCCGCCAAGCCGCAACUCCAUCUGCAACUGCAACUGCAACAGCCACAGCUGCAGAGUAAAUAUACCAAACACACUCUAACAACAACAGCACCAACAACGAUAGCAACGACGACGUCAACAACAACAACAACUGCCUGCAGCUAUGGAAGUUGCUUGAGUCGCCGUCGCGCCAGUCUGCCCUUAGCUACCCACAACCUAACGACGUCAUCCCCGUCGUCAAUUUCGUCGUCAUCGGCGUCGUCGGCGUCAUCGUCGUCGUCUUCGCUAGCGCUACCCAACGCAUCCAACGCCCUGCUGCAGGCUCGCAUUCCAGGCAACACGCUCUACUAUGUCUAAACUGUCUUUGCUCUCCGUUCCAUCCUGUCUCUUGUGAAACGUAGGCAAACUCAAGCUUUUUUUAUUUGUACUCGUUGUGUAAGCCCUGCUCCCACGUCCUUCGUCCUACGCACUCGCUGCUCGCUAUGGUUGUGGCCCAGACCCGAUUCCAGUACGGUUCAGGAUACUCUUUUUAUACUUAUCAAGCCCUAUUCCCAGGUUACCAAUUGGUUAAAACAUAACGAGCUGCUGCGCUACUCGUCACUCGCUAAGGUUGUGGCCCAGAUCCCAUCUCCUCAAAUUCGUUGUAUAGAUUUUGUGUACGGAUAGAGAUACGACCCAGCUACAACUCGUUGUCUCUUCACUCGCUACUCGUUACUCGUAACUCCUGGGGAGCUAAUAUAAUCAUCCAUUUGGAUUUAACUGUAUUACACAACUCACUCGCUACUCGCUACUCGCUACUCGUUUUGGUUGUGGCUCAGACCCUUGUACAUGUAGUAGUAGUCCUUACCCAGCUCCUGCUUUGGCAAAAACACAAAAAUACAUGCCGUGUAUAGCUUGUACUUACUCGCCAAUCGUUAUUCGUUACUCGUUAUUCGCUCGGUCAGCCCCAUAUACAUUUUCUCGAUUUGUGUUGCUUGUUCGAUAUAUCUUCGUACUCGUUACUUGUUACUCCUUACUAUGGUAAAGGCCCUGUCUCGCACACACUUGGUUCCGCAAUCCUUUGGAGAAUAUGCGCAAUAAGCAAUAGUCCUUUAUCCUACUACUCUGUACUCGUUACUCCCGAUUCGCCAUUUCUCAUAGAUUACUUAACCUUCCCUCAGCCUGUUAUGCAGAAAUAACGAGUUAUCUGGCCACUCGCUGCCUCAGUUUCCCAUUACUCCUGCUUAUCAUAUAUCCAUAUAAUAUAUCUUCUACUUAACUAAAUGUUUUCAUUUCUCAAACAUCUUGCACUAAUACCCAUAAUAUUUCAAAGAUGUGGCAGCACUGAAUGAACAUAACAUAUGCAUUAAGUUGGCUGCAGCACACAUAAUUCGAAUUUAGCUCACAUCUAUGUAUAUAUAUAUAUAUUACUAAUAACUGCCUGGCACUUUUCGUAUAGCUCUAUAAUAUCUCUAUAUAACUAAUAUUAACUUUAUUUAAACAAGAAUUCCGUUUUUUUUUUCUCUAUUCCCUUCUCA